AUGGCUGCACCAUUGACCGAUUGGAAAGCUUUGCUGAAAGUUAAUCCGAACGAAAUCGAUGCCGACAAUGAGGCAGAUGAUGACCGAAACGACAACCUUGGCGUAUCAUUUAUAAAUCUUAAUCCAGGUGAAAUUGAUAAUAGUGAUGAUUUACGAGUUGCACUGCGUCUUGGUCAACGAUUGGCUAAAUUUUACCGAGCACAAAAAGAAGGAUGUUGGGAUAAAUUAAUAUCGCUUGCACAAGAAAAUGACAAAUUGAAAGACAAGUCACUUGCUGGUGCUGCUAGUGGCGAUACUGUCGUAUCAAAUGCACUCAAUCAACUAAGAGAAGAAGUAGAAUAUUAUCGAAGAUCUUAUGAAGAUAAAUUAGGUGAAGCAGGACAAGUUCGUGAUGAACUAAAGAGAUGCGAAGCUCGAGUUCGAGAAUUACAAAAUGAGAAAGAGAACUUGAAAAAAGUAAAUGAAGAUUUACAAAAACGUAUGGGAGAAUUACGUGAUCCCAGUCGAAUGAAACCUGACGAUGGCGAGCGAACAUCACGUGUUCGAGUGUUGGAAAAAGAACUUGAUGGAGCUUUGACUGAAAAUCAGCAAUUAUAUGAUGAAAAUCAAAAAUUGAAUGCAAAAUUUAUCGUUCUUCAAAAAGACAAAGUAGAAGCCGAUCGUCAGAUUAAUGAAUUAUCAAAUGAAUACGCAAGAAAUAAAAAACUUCUCAAUGAAAAAGAUCAAGAAAAUGUUGAAUUCAAAAAUAGAAUUAAUCUAUUGGAAAGCCAAAUGCCCCACGAUUCGGCUGAUGAUGAUGACAUCAUUAUGAAAGCUGUUGAAGAACGUGUAAAACAAUGGAAAGACGUUUUUAAAGCAAAAGAUGAUGAAAUAGAUGAUCUCAAACGAAAAGUAGUUAAUUUACAUGAUAAAUUACAAAUGUACUCCGUUCAAGAUCAAAAAGGCGAUGUAUCUGCUUUAAAUAAAACGCUUGCUGAAAAAGAUCAACAAAUAUUAAUGUUAAAGAAAAAAGUUGAAGAAGCAACCAAUGAUAUAAUUAAACAAACCGAUGCUCUCGAUCGAAUGCGAACUGAUUAUACAGCAUCUAAUGAUCCAACAUCAAUAACAAAUCGUUCUUAUGCGCUUGAAACGACUCGUAUAAAAAAACAAUUAAAUGAUUAUGAAAAAGAAUUAGCUGAACGUGAUAGUCGCAUGCAUGAUCUUGAUAAGCAAUUAAGAAGAUUUUUGGAUAAUGACUAUGAAUUACGAGAUGCUGUACAAGAAAUACGUCAAUUAAAAGAACAAUUAAAAUUAAAAGAUCGACAAAUGGAAGACUUAGCACAAUAUGCAAAUCGAAAAGAUCUUACUGUUAAUGAAGUAACCGAGGAAAAUGAAGAAUUACGAGCGAAAUUAGGUAUGGAUCCUCGAACGCCAAUGACAGUUGAACAACUUAAAACAGCACGAUUGACACGUUCUGAAUCCAAUCAAGCUGUUGUACAAGUUUUACAAAAAGAAAUCGAACGUCUUGAAGAGGAACGACUCAAAUUAAAACAAAACUGUCGUCAAUUAGCACGGCAAGCAGGUGUACGUGCUGCUGAAUUAGGUCUUGCUGGUGAUUCUGUAUGGAUUGAUGAUAAUGGUAUAUCACGGCCGAGUGGUGCAACUACUGACGAUGCUAUUCGGAUAGCACGUAAUGAUUAUGAUCAACAAUUAAAAGCUUUUGAUGCCAAUGUCGAUCAACUUCGCCGUGAACUUCUUGAUAAAACCAAUGAAAAUCGUGCAUUAAUCACUGAAAUUCGUGGUCUUGAACAAGGCCUAAAAGAAAUUGAUGAACAAUUAAAACAAAAACGUUUUCAACGAUCAUCAAAUACUGGUGAUCAAUCAUCAUCUUAUGUUAUACAAUGUCCAUCUUUAGACAAGAUGCUUCAAGUUCUCGAAACUCAAUCACUUGCUGGCCGAUACGAUGGUGUAAUGAUGCUUAAAAGUGAUAAUGAUAAAUUACUUGGUCGUAUUGCUGAAAUACGUGAUGAAUUGUACAAUGCUAGACAUGAAAAGACUAAAUCUGAUGUUAAUCUUAAAUUAGCUCUUGAGAAAAAUGACAAACUUCAGCGUGAUCUAAAAUUAUUCGAAGAAGCUGGUGCUGUUCCACUUGCAUUUCAAUCAGUUAAAUUACCUAAUGGUUUAUCACCAUCAAGUCGGGAAAUCAUCUCGUCUCUCAAUGAAUAUCUUGUUGAUGCUUUAGCUGAAGUAACAGCACAACGUGAAAUGAAUAAACAACUCGAAGAAGGACUUGAUAAAUAUCGACGAAAAGUGAAUGUUAUUAAACAUCAAACAGGUUUACUUUAUAAAGAUUUUCAUGAAAAACAACAACAAUGGUCACAUGAACGUGAUCAAACAAAUGAAGUUAAACGUGAUUUACAAACUGAAAUUGAAAAGAAUCUUGUUAAACUUCAAGAGUUUGAUCGUCUUCUAAAUACAUUGGAACAAGAUGAUGCUGAAGUUCGCCGUCGUAUUGCUGAAGUAACAAGAAAAGUAACUGUUUUACGUGUUAAUGAAAAAACACUAGCGAGAAAAAUUCUUUCAUAUCAAGAUAUCGAAACAAAAUUAAGAAAGGAUAAUACAAAAUUACGUACUGAAGUUAUUGAUAUGGAAGUUGCUGUUCAAACACGUUUAGGCUAUUUACAACGUUACAAAGAUACAGCUUCUUAUCGUAUAAAACAUUUACAAAAACAAGUUGAAGAAAGUGUACAUCAAACUGAAUUGGAUAAAAUCAAUAGAAAAUAUGAAGAUGUUGUUGAAAAGUAUCGAGAUCUACUUGAACAGCAACAUACAUUUGUUCAACAAACCGAACAAUCAUCUUUACUAUCAGACUCAAAUCGUCGACUAACAGAUGAAGUUGAAUUUCUUAAACGACAACUACAAAUCGAUAAAGAAAAAAUGCAUCUAUUAGAAGAAACAAUGGAAAAUCUCAAAAAUCAAGGUUUAAUUAAUGCUGGUUAUGCUACGACAAUGCUUCGAACUAGUACUACGGGUUCCAUUAAUGAUGAUAAUCCUGGAAGUCUCUCACGUAAAAUAACUGUUCUUGAAAUGAAAGAACUCAAUGAACGACAACGUGCUGAAUAUGCUCAAAAACUUUACGAUCAACAACGUGUAACAUUGCGACAAAUGGAAGAUCGAAAUCUUGAAUUAGAACAUAAAUUUAGUGAAUUAACUCGGAUGAAUCUUGAAAUGCAACGUGCUGAACGAGAAUUACGUGAAGAACUUGCAUAUAGUGUACCACGAACAGUAUCUGAUGCUGACAAACGACGAAUUUCCGAACUUGAAGGUUCUGAAAUUCAAGCUAAACAAGAUAUAGCUCGCCUACGUGAAGUAUCUGAAGUGGCAACGUUUCAAGUCGGAGCUGUUAAUGAUAUGAAAGUAUUGGAUGAAAAAGAAUUUCAAUCAUUACGUCUUCAAUUACUCGAUUUACAAGCAAAAACAGAUGACAAAAGUGAAAUUGGUAAACUUCAUCGUCAUAUUCUUGCUUUACAAAUCAGUGAAGCAACUGCUAAACGCAAACAAUUACAAUCAGAUAAUGAUUUAGCUAAGCAAAAAGCAAUACUUCUUCGAGCUGAACAAAAGUUAGAUGAAAAAGAACAAAGUCUAUUUUUUAUUCGACAAGAAUAUACGCAACGUAUUCGAUAUUUAAGAACAGCUUUACAAGAUUAUCGACAUAAAUAUGCAGGUGCACUUCCAUUACGUGUACAAGAAUCAUACGCUAAAACAAUGGUUGAUUUACGUAAUGGUAAAAAACAACUAGAUCUUGAGAUGAAGAAAUUAGCAGAUCAGAAGUUUGAUUUGGAAACGCAGAUGGCAUCCUAUGAAUUUAAACAUAAAUCACUUGAAGAACUUAUAGCCACACUUAAAGAUGGACAAGGUAAUGCACGUGUACAAAAAAUGAUUGAAUGGCAACAAAAAUUGGAAAAAGUUAAAUUAAAUGAAUUAAGACAUAUUCGACUUAACAAACGACUCGAAACAGAUAAUUUACAUCUCACUAAAGUAGUACAUCAACUUGAAAUAAAUGUCACUGAACUUGAAGAAGAAAAUGUGAAAUUUGAAAAGGAAAUUGAAGAACGACAAUUAAUAUGGGAACACCGAGAAUUAGAAAUGGAAAGAAAAAUUGAUCAACUUGAAAAGGAACACAAUGAUAUUGCUGAUGCAGCAAAACGAUUUGAAGAAGCUAGUGGUAAUUAUCCUGAUCCAUCAUUACCUGUAGCACAUCAAUUAGAACAAGCUUUGAGAAUUAUUCGUGAAAAUAUACAUCUAUUAAUGGAAGCUAAAGUACAAAAUCAACUUGUUGGAAAGAAAACUGCUGAACACAAUGAAAAAGUUCGUGAAAUGGAAAAUGCUAUAUUAGCUCGUGAUAAAGUUAUUCAUGAACUUCGAGUUCGUUUACCAACAACAACUAUUCUUGAUUCAGAUAAACUUAUUUCUGAUGUUAUGACACGGCCUGAUGACUUUUCUCGUUUAGCUGCUGUUCGAGCAGCACAAUCAACAAUUGAUAGUCUACAAGCUCGCAUUAUACAAAAAGAAGAAAGUAUUCGUAAGUAUCAAGAAAUGCUUAAGGAAGCUCGCGAAGAUAUAAAUAAACAAACACGACAACACGAAGACGAAAUUCAAAUACUUAAUGAACAAUUACAAAAUAAACGUGAUCUUGAUUUUAUUCGAUUUAAAGAAUUUGUCGAUCGAGGAGGAAAUCCAGCAAAUUUUCAUGGUGCACCAUCGUCCUAUGAGGUAGCUCAUAUACGUGAACUUGAAGAAAAUGCUGCUGUACAAGAAAAUACGAUUGCACAUUUAAAUGAAAAAUUACGAGAAGCACGUCGUGAAGCUGAAACAUGGAAAGGACGAUUAACACAGAAAAUGGAACAAUUCAAGCAUGAUCGAGAACAUACCAAAGUUAGCUAUGAAAAAAUGGUUGAAGAACUUAAUAAUAAAAUCGAAAAUUAUCGUAUACAACUGCAAGAUCAACAAAAUAAAGUUGGUUCAACAAUGAAUGAUUUCGAUCAUGUACAAAAACCAUCACCUAACAAAGGAACAAAAACGCUUUCAACAUCUGGAGAAAAUCUGCGCGAUCUUCCACAAGACAAACGGCAAGAAUUCAUGCGUGCAUUAGCUGAUAUUCGUAGUGAUAUGGUUAGAAUAGCUGAAGGAAAUAUAAAAGCUAUGAAUGAAGAAGAUAAACAAAAUCUUUCUAUACAAGCACUAAUCACAAAUAAAACGGGGCAGCUACAAGAAAAAAUUGAUGAUUGUGAAAGACAAAUACAAAAUUUAAAACGAGAAUUAAAAACACAAAAAGCUCUAGCACAACGGCAUAUGGACGAAGCAGCUGAUGCUCGAGAAAAAUUAGCACAAAAUGAAAAGAAAUUAACUAAAGUUCAACAACAAAAUGCAACAUUAUCAGAUAAUGCUCAACGGCGAAUGACUGGUCAACAACUUCAACAAGGCCAAGGCGAAGAUACAAUUGAAUCAUUACGACGGCAAGUUCGUCUACUCGAAGACAAACUUCGUAAAACAAAAACAGCUGAACGACCUCUGGACGAAAAUAAGGAUGAUCGAACUAAACGAACAGUUGAAUCAUUACAGCAGCAAGUAACUGAUUUAGAUAUUCAUAAAAAAGAAUUGCUUAAAUUUAAUCAACAAUUAAAAGAUGAAUUGAACAAAGUUCGAUUACGCAAUGAAGAGUUGCAAAAACUAAAUGUAUUUUUAAAAGCUGAAAAUGAAAGUUUAAGAAAUGGUGAUAGUCCUCGGUCAACGUCGAGCGGCAAUAUGCGACGAAUUGGAGAUUCUGGUCGAUCGACUUAUGAACUCGAGAAAAUGAUUGCAUUAAUGAAAAAGAGAGUUGAUCAACUGCAAGCAGAAAACCAAACACUUAAAUCAGAUCUUGAUCGACAACGAACAACUAUUGAUACGAAUCGUGCGUUUUUCACUCAGGCAACAGAAUCGACUAAAGAAAUUGAACAUAUGGGUCACACUAAUUCACGACUUCAAAAAGAAGUAGCACUUCUACGCGAACAAGUUGCACAAUUACAACUGAAAGCAUUACCACCAUCACCAUCAUCAUCUAAUAAUGGUUUUCAUUGA